GAAAAUGGAAAGUAAAAUUGAGAGAAAAAUUUAAGCGUGUUUAAAAUAAGUCUAAAGUAAUUCGUCUUCAAAGACUUUGCUAACAACACGAAAAAUUUACUUUUCAUUCAUUGAGAAAAAGUUAAAAGAUUUGGACGUGCGUUUCGUUUACUGACGAAGAAAAUUAAGAAACAAAAAAAUUUCGGAAAGAAAAGAAAUCGAAAAUAGAGAUAAUUGAGAUUGAAAGAAACAUUACAAAAGAGAAACAGUAAAUAGACGAUAAAGAUAUCAGAUUAAUUGCAUUUGAUUUCGAUACAAGCAAUUCAGUUCUCAUUAAAAGAAGUAACUGGAGAAGUUAAAGACUUGAUUAACAGACAAAACGAAACAGAAAUGGCUGACGUUGGACACGAGCUAGCUGCGAUAAGAUUCGUUGUGGAUUCACCGUUAAAAUCGAAAGUUGCAAAGUUCAACCAAGUUGUAAAUGAACACAAAAGCAAUCAACUUGAAAAUCCUUUCAGUGGGUCACACGAUUCAAGAUCCAGAAGUCCGAAGUUACUUCUGAAGCCGGAGGAGUAUGGAAAACCAAAGCCUGGAUCAUUGACAGAGUUUCGUGGAAUGAAAGCAAAUAUUCAAGUGUAUCAAGAGCUAAUUGAGUUAUGUGGGAUAAUUCAUCAAGAAGGAAAACCAAUCGAAGAUGAACCAGAACUUAGAGAAAUCACAUUCGGUGAAUUAUUUCAAAUCUACGUUCACGUCAAUGACAAAGUCGCUGGGCUUCUUUUAAGAGCUCGAAAACAUGAACUUUUGACAUUCGAAGGUGAAAUGUUAUUCCAGAAGUUCCAUGAUGAUGUUCCAAUCUAUUUACUUCGUCCCUUCCAAAGAAUACAAGAAAUAAUGACAGAGAAACAAUCUGAAUUGAGGAGAAGCAUAAGUCCCGCUCCAAGCAAUGGGUCUGAUACAAAAUAAAUGACGAAUUCCUCUUGAAAAUACCAGAAAAUUGCAUUAUUUGACUUUAAUCUACAAUCUAGUAAUUGCUAGAUAAUUAGAUUUUAAAUACUAAACUAGAAAUGAGAUUUGUAAAUUCUUAUCUUUGUUUUUAUGUACUCUGAUAUUCUAAAUAUUAAAUAAAAAUGAUAAAUUUCAAUUUCA